GUCUCGCUCUCCUCGGCGAAUCCAAUCAAUCAUACCGCAUGGAUCGCAAAAUUCGCAAUCAGGAAACAAAGCCUGAGAGUAUGCAAAGGCGUGUUAGUUCCGAUGCUGCGAGGACAUCCGUUACUGUGGAUGAAGAUCGUCCAACUCAGAAGAUUAGCGCUUACAUCAACCAAAUGCAAGAGAAUCUCCAUGCCCUUAAGUUAGAACUCGAAAAGGGUACAAUUGGUACCAAUGUCUCUGAGGAUGGAAAAGCUCGCUUGGAAACAUGUGUGAUGUCAUGCGUGGCUACCUUUGUUUUUGGGGAAGCGAACCAGCAAGACCCAAAAAAGUUUGAGUUGAAGCUUACUUGCGGCGACCAACAAUCCUCCACGAACGGACCAUCAGUGGAAAUGAGCUACAUUCAAACUGACGUGCCCAACAGACGCAAGGAUAUUCCGCAGCUGGGAACAUACUUGGACGUCCAAGAAAAAACACUGGCCUGUGUCAUAAAUGGCGCCAGGGAAGCGAUUGAUAAGGAUUCAGAGAAAACGGUGGGCAAUCGCGGCAAAGACAAAGUUAAGGACUAAAGUUAUGGUAUUUCGGCUGUGUUUCUUGACAUAACAGUACUGGCAGGUCACAAUAAUAGUGGCAUCUUGACCCACUUGUACCUUUUCUUUUCCUGUUUUGUUUGGAACUUGCCUUGUGCGCGUGUGCGUUAAACCCCCUUCACAUUCGUCCUAGUGCCAUUAUAUUUGUAAUAGUAAUUUACAAUUUUAUGGUGUCCAUUUUCCUUUUCUUAUAAUGUACUUUGUGGUGUGAAUUUGUAAUAAUGACGAGCAAUGAUGCUCGGAAAUUUGAUAUAAUGUACUUUAUGUGGUUUGUUCAC